AUGUUAGCUUUCAGACAGCCUGUAGCAGUUGCUCUUUGUUCAUUCGCACCAAAUGCAUCUAUGUCUCUUCUGGACUCACUCAUUGUCGCUCGUCAGAAGACCAUAGGCGAUCGACCUUUUCGUUCUGUUGCAGAUUUAGAAGAAUAUGGUGUCGCCACGACGGGCGCGCUGGUUUCUCUUCAGGCUGACGCUCUUGCUCGGGCUUCUGCUUUGGAAAAUCUCCCUGAAUCAGUUUUAAGAGCAGCUAAUGAGCUUGGCGCCGCAUAUGGCGUCAUGAACUUGGUUAGAUCAUUUCUACCGCUUCUACAACAAGGCGUUGUUUUGUUGCCUGCAGAUCUUAUGACGAUACAUAACCUUACGCCAGAUUCAGUCUACAAACGGAAGAAUCCUGAGGCUUUAGUGCUUCUUGUGAGAGACUUGCUCAAGGUAUGUUUAUGUGAGUGUCUAUAA